AUAAGCUUAAACUAAAAAAACUUAUUUGAAGAAAUUGUUUUCUUGAUAUUUUAUCAUGGCUUCACCAUUGGUCAAGACAUUAAUAAUAUGUUUUACGGCAUUAGUUUAUAUUAUUCAUUUAGUGUUUAACAGCUUAGCUGCUAAAGGCGAAACAAACUUAUUUCCAAUGAGUGCAUCCAACGUAUCCAGAACAUUUCAACUUGAAUUAACGCCAACUGGUGCAACAUUUACAAUAUGGGGAUUCAUUUUUGCGAUACAACUUUCUUGGAUUAUUUACUCUAUCACCAGAAUAUUCAAAAAAAAUAACACAAUUGAUAUGUUGUCAACAAAGUUUUAUCUUUGUUUCAUUGCAAACAUUUUGUUUAUCACCGUUUGGCUUUUCUCAUGGUCUCGCCGAAAAACAAUAGAAUGUCUUAUUUUUAUUAUUAUAGGGCAGCUAUGUCUUAAUGCUGCGUUUGCUCUUUCAUGCAUCGAUUUGAGAAACUAUUUAUUAGUUAAUAAAGGCAAUAUAAAAAGUUUUGAUAUUUGGUGCCAGCGAAUUCUCGUUCAAAAUGGUCUCUUGUUUUAUGCAACCUGGACUACUGUAGCUACAUUAAUAAAUGUUGCCAUAGUGCUUUCAUACAAUGUUAAAUUUUCUACUGUAACAUCAUCAUUAAUAUCAUUAUCAAUUCUUGGAGUUCUUGCUGCUUUUUGGUUUUAUCUAGAAAACUUUGUGUUUAGAAAAUACACAGAGUACACAGUAUCUGCGUAUAUAAGUCUAAUUUAUGCUUUGACGGGGGUUUUUUCUAACAUUUCAGGUAAAAAUGCAGCUGUGGCAGGAACGGUUUUGACUUUAUUGCUUUUAUCAAUUAUAUUUUUUAUAAUAAGAGUCUUAUUAAUAGUCUAUAAAAAAAAAAAAGUUUGUAAUAUAAAUAACACAAAUUAAUGAUAUUAUUGAUAUAAAUAAAGUUGUUAUUAAACAACAAUGUUAUAAAUUUGUAACCGCAAAACAACAUAACAUAGUUAAUACCUUCAUUUAAAAA